CAAUAAAAUAUUUAAAAAAAAAAUCGAUAUAUUCAAUAGAAAAUUGAAUAACGCGCACCGCCAUUUCUUUCCUUCUAGUUUUCUUGUAUAAAUUUUCUUUGUGGGGUUAGGGUUUCCUUAACCGCGUCUACUUCGAUUUUAUUUUUCUUACGAAAAAAAUUAUGUUUGUGGUAUUCGAAAAUUCAAUACAAACCCUCAUUCAUUUGAUUCUCCUUCAAUUCUUCGGGUCAAUAAUGGAUUAAAUCUCGUGUUUCUCUCUCUAGGAGUGGCAGUCCUGGGAUGGAAGUAUAUAAUGUUCCUGAACAAGGACAUGCAGAUUCAUAUCUGAUGCAAGGUGCUGAAUCAAAUUCACAGAUCACCAGUCCACUCCUUGAACAAUUUGAAACCAUGUACAACGAAGGAGUCCCAGAAUGUGUUGUCAAUCAGGGCUUGUAUUAUCCCACUGCCACCAACUAUGGAUAUGUUUGUUCAGCAUUUGAAUCAUCUGGUGACUGGGAUGACCCCCAUAGAAUUUUUGGUCUGGAUGGUCAAGAAAUCCCGUACACGGGUGCACCAAAUGAAAGUCUUCCAUAUGUAUACUAUAUACCUGGCUAUGGAUAUGCUCAAUCGUCAUAUAACCCAUACAACCCUUACAUUCCUGGUGCAAUGAUGGGAGUUGAUGGAUCAUUUGUGGGGGCACAACAGUAUUAUUCCUUACCGUCUUAUGAGAAUCCUGUUCCUUCACCUGUUUACAUUCCCAUGAUUGCAAAUAGUACAACAGAUCCAUUUGUUCAUAAUGAUUCAUCUGCUAAUCGAACUGAUGCUCCUGCUCUUAAGCAUAAUCUAUUUUCAAAAUCUCCUCAAUUUUCUCCUACUCCAUUAGGGACUGCUUCUAGCCCGAUUAAUUCCAUUAUCCAGUUAUCAGAAGAACCUAAGGCAAAUCCAGGAUCUAGCAAGCAGCCUAUGACUCAAGGAAGUGUUACUUCUAGAAGUUAUCCCAGUUCAGCAUCAUCAAAAAUUCCACAGGGUAAAAAAGCUGUGGUUAUGGAAAAUAUUUCGAACGGGAAGGCUUUAUCUAGUCAAAGCCACUUAAAAAAUACUCUCCCUUCUGGCAAUGGCGUCUCUGGUUUCGGACCAAGCAAUUAUGCCCAGGCUCCAUUAGAUAAAGUUAAGCCCAAGGUACUCUAUGGAAGAGCUCAGGACGAUAUAAAAGUGAGUGCUGAUGCGUUGACCGAACAAAAUCGAGGACCUAGAACUCACAAAUUGAAAAACCAAUUGGUGGUUAAAGCCUACACGACGAGCGUGGGAGAUUUUGAUGCACAAGGAAACAUUACUAUCUAUACAGAUCAAUAUAACAAGGGUGAUUUUCCGGUUGAUUAUACGAACGCUAAGUUUUUUGUAAUCAAAUCAUAUAGUGAGGAUGACGUGCACAAGAGUAUAAAAUACAAUGUUUGGUCAUCUACACCUAACGGAAACCGGAAGCUAAACAGCGCAUAUGAAGAUGCUCAGAGAAUAGCUGCUGCAGAUUCAAGAGGCUGCAACAUUUUUCUCUUCUUCUCUGUCAAUGCCAGUGGCCAGUUCUGUGGUGUUGCUGAAAUGACUGGUCCUGUAGAUUUUCAUAAAGAUAUGGAUUUCUGGCAGCAAGACAAGUGGAGUGGUAGCUUUCCUGUCAAGUGGCACAUCAUAAAGGAUGUCCCAAACCCCAAUUUUAGACACGUCAUACUAGAAAACAAUGAGAAUAAGCCAGUGACUAACAGUAGAGACACACAAGAGAUACACUAUAAGAAAGGCAUUGAGAUGCUGAAAAUAUUCAAGAACUAUAUAUCGAAGACAUCCUUACUGGAUGACUUUAUGUACUAUGAAAAUAGACAGAAGAUCCUGCAGGAAGAAAAAGCAAGGUUGCUAGUUAAGAAGUACGAGAACCCAUACCUUGUGCCUCUAAUGGAUCCUCUCCGCAAUCUUAAUCCUAUUCUUGAUCCUUCUGCUAAUGAAGAUAGGAAAGUCGUCUUGCAUGAUGAUUCAAGCAGCUCCAACAAGAACGUGACUUAUUCCAACGAAGAGGUUUCAAUGCAUGCAGUUUCAGCAGAUGGCAAACCGAGCAUUGAUGUCGAAUUAAAGAUUAGUUCACUAAAAAUUAAUCCGAAGGAGUCUGAUUCCUUGUGUUCAGUCCCUGAUACAGAUAGUAAAGCAAACACUGAACCAAUUGAUGUUGUUACUGUAGGGUCUUUGCCUGUCAAAGUCAACAGUUCCACUGGAUCUUCUGGGUUUUUAACGGUUGGAACAAUCCCGCUUGAUCCUAGAGCUCUUCAGCUGGAUGAUGAUUGUUAUUUGAGCAAAAAUGGAUCUUAAAAAGGGUGAUGUAUGGGAAUCUGGAUUACCAGUAGUGAUUGUUGUGGACAGGUAUGGAGUAGAGAUCUGAAAGAAUAUUGUACACCUGGAUGUAUUAUCACAAGAAAUGAACAUCGCGCAUGCUCAUCUAUCUAA